AUGGCUAUAUCGAUCCGUCUGACAUGGAGGCAGGCCACAUUGUACCUCUUCAGACGGGGAUUUUGGGAUGAUCCGCAGCUUUCUGCAGCAUCUUACUGGCCCAGAAGUACACACGAGAUCCUGAUGUGCAGCUCUUGUCUGCCGGCCGUUUGGCUUGGGCAAGAUAACUGCUUCUUUGGUGGCGCAGUAUCCGAAGCACUUGCAUCGGAGAUUUACGAUUGGCAGUCGGAUAAAGAGAAGAUCUCGCAAGCCACGACCCGAGUAUUGCAUAUGUCGACAAUAUUGCGAAGAGGAACUUCGGAACAGCAUGAUAGCGACAUAUCAUAUGUUGAUCGUGAGGAAGAUCCACGGUCGAUCAUGAAUACGUAUAUAUGCCUUUGUGCUACCUUCACCGCACUAGCCAUUGACGUUCCCGACCUCUACCUCAUCAUGACUAGAGACACGAUCUAUCAGACAGAUGUUUUCAGAGGAACGAAAGCUCCUCAGUCUGUACAAACAUUGAUUGCAACAACAGAACCGUGUGAUAUUUGCAUCCUCACAACGGCGAUCGUGCUGUAUCAAAGAUGUCUCACAUUGGAUUGGAGUGACAAAUUUGACGUUGGUGAACCAGGUGACAGCGCAUUAUAUGCACUUCAAAAGCAGGAAGACAUACAUUUAGAGGGUUAUAGCUUUGAAAUAGAGAAUCGAUGGACAUUACGUGAUGGCAACUCCCCUAGGAACUGA